UUUGAUUCUUUUAUAUUAAGUUUUUUAUCAAUCCGCCAAAAUGAUGAUGAAAGCCACACCACUGGAAAUCGACGAAAGAGAGAAGGUUUUUCAGCCCAAAAUAGCAUAUUCUAACCCCAUUGUACACGUGGGUUUUUGGUUCGACGAACAAGCAAUCGUAGAGGACAAUAUAAAUUCCACGGCGUACAGACGAGAUAGAUGCGAGCUGCUAAUUCAAAAGACGAGAAAAAUGUAUAGGAACAUUCUGAGACAGACCCUUCUAGCCAUAGAGACGCCGUUCACUCUUUUUGGUGAAAAAUACCAAAUCAAGUCGCGUUAUAUCAAAAAUAAAGACAACAAAACACUAUGUCUGGCCGGCGUGGUGAACGAAAGGGACAUUGAGAAAGUGCCUCAUUUUCAACAUGGCUGUUGCGUAUCAGCGACAUCUAUGACAGAUCCGUGCGUCAGGAAUACCUUUAGAAUAAAGGGAGCGUCUACAGAGAGAGAUGGACAACAAGUUUUAUUUGGUGAUGACGUUUUGCUGCAAAUCGUUGAAAGUGCUGGUCCCCCACUCUACAUCCAAUGUGAAAAUCAUACGAUAUCUACAUUUGGCUUACAUCUAGUUUGUAAGUUAUCGCAGGAUCCAGACAUUUACUGCAGGUUUAAGUUCUUGCAUGGGAAUCCCGCAAUACGAAAUAAGACGCUUGGAACGCCUUUCAGUCCUGACACCAAAGUCAUAAUUCAACAUUCAGCAUCUGGACAAAAUCUGGCAGUGGAAAAGAAACGGUUGAUACCAACAUUUUUUGGACCAGAAAUAGAGGUAACUUGUCACUCUUUCAAAGAUUCGCACAAAAUAGACACAAAGGAAAACUAUUGGAAAAUUGGUACCAGAUUUAUUUCGGACAACGCUUUGUAUCUGAGAGCAGCUAAAGGGGAAGAACUGACUCAAAAAGAACUAGAAAAAAUAUAACCGAAUCACAAAAACGGUAAUUUUUGACAAUAGACGAAAAUAGAGGUGGGAUGCAACGAAAUUUUCGAACGGUUAUUUCGGAACAGUAUUAGGAUUAAGAAAUAAUACGAAUAUGGGA